AUGGCUGAAGCUCCCGACAGUCCCGAGCAAUAUAAGCGGCCGGUUCAGCCGGGCCCUAAACUCAAGAAAGAUGUGGUUGAAAAACUACUCCGGGAGAAGUCAAAUCGUGUCAUAAUAACACGAGUUGAAGAUAGAAAGAAAAGAUCCGAGUGUUGGAAAUUCUUUGGCUUCCCAAAAGUUGACGGGGUGACUUAUGAGGACAUGGCAGUUUGUCAUAAAUGUUUUACUAUUUACAAGUAUAGCUCGUCGAAAGGGAACGCACAAUUGAACAAGCACGUCUGCCCUAAGGACAUGUUGAAACGAGUGAAAGGGCAAUCAACGCUCGAUUUCCUAGACAAGUCGAAAGUUGGCAGUAGUCAAAGCACAUCACAAGUGAAGCUCAGCAAACACGAUCAUCAAUCCUUGCAGAUUAAUGCCAUAAACGCCGCAGCUCUCGAUUCAAGCCCGCUUUCUCGGUACGAAAAGGAAGGCAUGAAGAUUAUGUUCAGAACGGCAGCAAGGUUUGGGGCACGAUACGGAGAAAACUUCGAUCUUGCGCAACACAUCGUAGAUCGGACAAAUCUAACCCGCAAUUACCUACCGAAACGUCAUGAAGAAGUUCGCGCUGAUAUUCUCAAGUCUUUGAAUGGAGAUGCAUUUUGCACAACAACCGAUUUGUGGAAGGAGAAAUAUACUGGUAAAAGCUACAUGUCUGUCACCGUUCAUCAUAUUGACGCUGACUGGAAUAACCUUAGCAGCUUUAUUUGGUCAACAACCGAAUACAACCUUGAGGAUCACAGAGCACCUAGUAUUUCCAAGUGCUACCUUGAAAACGUUCCUGACGCUCCCUUUCGGCUUGUCACCACAGAUAACACCAACACCAUGCCAGCAGCAUUUCGCCUUCUGGACAGUGAUGAUCAAAUUGGAUGCAUUUCGCACAUAAGCUCGUUGGUUGCUAAAGCCUGCGUCACUUCCGAUAAGGCAGCCGAAGUAAAGUUGAAUGUGGAAGCAGCUAAGAAAUUAGUGGAGCAUGUAAAACGGACAGACUUGCAAAGUAAGUUAACGACGACCCUUAAACAAACCAUAGCAACUCGAUUUUAUACCUACCGUGAAAUGAUUGGGUCUAUCAUCAACCGCUGGGAAGAACUUGAAAACAUUCUUGAUGCCAGAAAUGAGCUCAAAUAUUUAGAAGAUAUAAACAAAAUUCUUCUCAUACAGACUUCGCGUGUUUUAAAGCCCCUGCAUGAUUGUGGCCAGGAGCUCGAGAAAGAUAAGGAACCAACAUUGCAUAGGGCACGUUACUGGGAAGCAAAACUUCAGGCCGCUUUUUCAGCUCACGAACAGGACAUGACGGCAAUAAGAAAGAUGAAAGAAGUUGGGAGGAAAGCUCUGUUGACAAAACUAAGCAGUCGACUUAACGUGUACCACGAUGUAGCUUCCGCGCUGGACCCAAGAGUGGGCGAACCUACAGAUGAAGACAGCCGGCGGAAGAUUUGUGAAAAGAUCGAGAAUGUUCACGAUCGUAUCACAGGUGUAGAUGGCGACGAAACUCGUGAUGAUAACGACCAUUCGCUUUUGUCUGACGGAGAAGACUCAGAAGAGGUAACUAAACACAAAUUACCGCUGGAUUUCAAGAUUUUAAUAUUGUUAUUCUGUAAAUAUUAUCGAUAUGUUUUGUUGCAUUUUUGGAAUAACGUUACAAAUUUAUAUUGUUUUCUUAUUGUUAUUACAUAAGGUCUCAGAAAUUAAGUCUCCCACUCCGAAAAGGAAGAAGAAUCCUUGUGAUGAGAUCGAAGAACCCGAGUUUGCCUUUUAUAAGGAAAAGCAAAAGGUAUCAUCGAUUGUCGACGAAUUUCGAAGGUUUACUGGAAACGACUUCGACCUUGACCUGUACGAGGAUAAAAACAAGCACCUUGAUAUUCUGAAGUUCUGGAGGGAUCAUGCAAGGGGCUACCCGAAAUUAGCACUGGUUGCCAGGCUUAUUUUGGCUUGCCCAGCUAGCAGCGCUCCAUCAGAGAGAAGUUUCUCGCAAGCGGGGUGGACAAUCAACCUUAGGCGUACGCGUCUAGCUCCACGUAAUCUAAACGCCUUGCUGUGCAUCCAAAGCUAUAUGACAGGAAGUGCCUGGAAGGCUUUGGAGCCAAAUGAGCAGACCGAUUUGGUCGAAGCGGACUCAGCGGAGUAAUAGCUACUAUAUUAUGCCGAGUGCUGAUAAUAAAGUACCGGGUGUCCCAAAAAAAACUGGACACUGUUUGAUAUGAUAUUGCGUAUGAUUUUACGUUAUUGAAAUUGUGAAAUUGUAAAUUAUGAAAAUGCGUAUGAUUUUACGUAUGAUUUUACGUUGUAUGAAAUCAAACAGUGUCCAGUUUUUUUUUUGAACACCUGGUAUAAAAGUGUUUUGAGUUCUUGUGACAUAUAUUUCUAAAAAGAGUUUUGAGUUAUUUGGAUUUUGGACGUAUAUUUUUCAGUUACGUACGGGAAUUGGAUAUAUAGGAAAUUUAGGAAUGUUGUGUUUUUUUGUUUGGUUUGUUAGGUUUAUGUAUCAUGAAGCCUGACAAUGAGGUUUAUUAGUGAUAAACUUUAAGAUGUUUGAAAAUGUAAACCUAGCUCAAGCUCAUGAUUUAUUAUACUGAAUAAAACAUUUUUGACUAGUUGGGUUUUUUUUCUAUGCUAAUUCUAAUAAAAUAUAAACUGCUGUUACUGUGUACUGUAAAUGUGAACGCUAUAAGGCAUAAUUAUGUGAUAUCGCCCUGCAAUUUUUAUCGGAUUCGUAUCUGCUUAGUUUUGCUAAAAAUUCAUUAUUUCCAAUAUAUCGUUUAUGAUCAUGAAAAAAUACGUUCAUAAUAAUUAACGCACGCUGUACAGCGUACACAACUUAAGUUCGGAUCGGAUUACGAAUUUUAGCAUCGGAUCGGAUCGGAUUUUAUAAACAUUGUUUCGGAUUGGAUCGGAUCGGAUUACUUUUUUCAUCUUCGGAUCGGAUCGGAUUUGGAUUGAGAACUUAGACAAACCAUCGGAUUGAGAGAGGUCAAUCCGAUCCGACGCACACCUCUAUUUAGUAAGUAACAUUGCAAGGAAUUGUAAAUAGACUCGCAUUUUCAAGACUUAACCCUAAUAGUAUAAAAAGACAUGGUGACAUAUAUUUUUGACAAAAAGCGUUAGUGCGGAAGUGUCAGUGUGACAAAGGAUUAGCAGAACCACAGUGUUAUGUAUUGAAAUUGGAAUAGUGUGUCUGCUAAUGAAGAUUUUAUAGGUUCGCUGAUAUGAUGACUUUUGCGUAAAAGUCUUUUUGUAGAAACAGCAAAAAUUCAAUAACCGUGUACAAAAAAAAAACCUAAUUAGUGGAGGAAUGGAAAAAGGAAUUCAAGUUUGUAUUAGAAAGAAGCCAAAUAGUGGCAAGUUAAAUUCACAGUCGCAAACUGAGUGGACUGCUCAAGCUAGGGAAGAUGCUAGUACACAAUGCGGCAGUGAGGGCAAAAGUUAUGAGAAAUAUCGGCGAUAUAAAACAUUUGUUAAGUGGACGUAUGAUCGUCUUAAAGAUGAAAUCCUGUGCAAUAAAGAUAUAUUGAAUAUAUUGAUUAGGUGGCUUAUGGAUGAAAAAACUAAUAGCGAUUAA